GGCGAAACUACCGUCAACAGAGACGAAUGAAACGUUGAGAGAGAAGGUUAAGUUUUGUUCUCAUUAAAUCGAAAGAGUAAGAAAGAGCGGUAGAUAGAGAGUAGGAUAGCUGUACACACAUCAUCUGUGGUAAGAAAAGAGAUGAAAGACUGAAACGAUUGAAACUGUCCGUGAGAAGAUAAAGGAUAUUGUGAUAGCGAAAGUGAGAUAGAGAGAGAGAAAAAGAAAGAGAAAACGAGAGAGAGAGAGCAAGAAAGGAAAGAAGAGAAAGAUACAGGUAGGGUGAGGAUAGGAAAAGAAGAGAGGAACGAACGAGAGACAAGCGGACAGACUGGCAGACGGACUUGUCCGACUCACGACACGACUACUCGCGAUCUCGUGGCUGCGUUUCAGCUGCUGUCCUGUGUGCCGCUGUCCACCAGGCACAUUCAAGCACCAGAAGCGCGCGACGUAGCAGUAGAUAUUCAGUUUGGUGUAGAGAAAGAUAGAGAAAAGGACGUAUACACAUACACACAUUAUAUAUACAUAUUAAUUAUAUAUACACACAUACACGUAUAUAUACAUAACGUAUACGUAUACCAUACACAACAUACACAUAUAUAAAUAUAGAAAGAAAGAAAGAGAAGUAAAAAGAAAAGAAAGAGAGAGAUCGAAAGAGAGUAAGAGCGAAGCGGGCGCCGUUACGAUAAAAGAAGUUUUUCGGAGAGCGUAUUCGGGAGCGUUCAAUGGUCGAAGCAGCUAUGCGCCACGCCGUCGUAGGACUGUUAGCUAGCUAGUUCUGACUACGGGAGGUCUCGGGCCGCAGUUACGACCUCGAGAACGAGCGGGUUCGCCUCGCGAAGAUGACCAUAAUAGUCUUUUUGAUCGACACGUCGGCCUCCAUGAAUCAGAGGGCAUAUUUGGGCGGGCGACCCACGCUUUUGGAUGUAGCCAAGAGCGCCGUGGAGACUUUCGUGAAGGCUGGAUGGAAAGAGAAUUUAGCAACUUUUAUGAACGAGCUUAAAAAUUUACAAUGUGUUGGGUUGACAACAUUAGGUGCUGCUUUGAAACAUGCUUUGGAUGUUUUGAAUAUAAAUCGUAUGCAAACUGGUAUAGAUACAUAUGGACAGGGAAGAUGUCCCUUUUAUUUGGAACCAUCUGUAAUUGUUGUAAUUACAGAUGGAGGAAAAUAUACAACUAAUCAAGGAGUGAAUCAAGAUUUCACAUUGCCAAUGCACUCUCCUAUACCUGGAUCUGAAUUAACAAAGGAGCCAUUUAGGUGGGAUCAAAGAUUAUUUUCUUUGGUACUCCGUUUAUCCGGAACUCCUGCUGUUGAGAGAGAUACGGGUUUAGUUGCAAGUGAUGCAUCUCCCAUAGAUGCCAUGUGUGAAGUUACUGGAGGUCGUUCAUACUGUAUAACAUCUUUUAGAAUGAUGAUGCAAUGUAUAGAUUCCUUAGUACAAAAGGUUCAGUCUGGUGUAGUAAUAAAUUUCGAAAAAAUUGGACCAGAUCCUCCACCUUUAAAUAACGAAACACAACACGCAGAUGAUGAUGAAAACGAGGAUGAAAAUAAUACAACGAAUGGAACGCGAACGUAUCUUCCUAAUCCAACGGUACCUGGAAAUACAGCAUGGCAUUCUUGUAGAAGACUGAUUUACGUCCCAAGAUCUGCUCAAAAAGGUUUCGCAGUUGGAUUCUGGCCGAUUCCUGAAAGUUUUUGGCCUGAUUUAAGUGCUAGUUCUUUGCCACCUAGAUCGGCACAUCCGAAUGUAAAAUUUACGUGCACCAGUCAAGAGCCUAUGGUGAUAGAAAAUCUUCCAUUUGAUAAAUAUGAAUUAGAACCGAGUCCAUUAACGCAAUACAUAUUAGCCAGAAAACAACCGACAAUUUGUUGGCAAGUUUUUGUGGCAAAUUCUUACAAAUCAAGUGACGUGGGUCAUCCAUUUGGAUAUUUAAAAGCAAGUACUAAUUUAACUUGUGUAAAUCUAUUUGUUAUGCCUUAUAACUACCCAGUACUUUUGCCUUUGUUGGAAGAAUUAUUCAAAGUGCACAGAUUAAAACCAACAAAUGAAUGGCGGACGCAAUUUCAAAAUUACAUGAGAACAAUGCCGACUUAUUAUGCAGCGUCCCUUAGAAGAGCUUUAACACGAAUGGGUGCACCUGCACCAUUAGCACAAACAUUAAUACCUGAUAAUAUGGAUAAUUCGUUAUCAUACAGUGUCUUAAAUUAUUUAAAACGGUUAAAAAAUCAAGCUAAAAUCGAAUUUGACAGACUAUGUAAUGAAGUUCUUUCCAAACAACUUGCUACUGCCAAUAUGACAAAAAAUUUAGUAAAUGGUAGUACAACAGUAACAGAAGGUGUAAGGGUUGUUCCCAGAACUCCUUUAAAGAAAGACUUGGUAUCACAUCCAUUACUACAAGAUAAAUUUACUGGAUUGAGGGAUCAAUUAAAUGAAUUUGGUGGUUUUGUAGUCGGAUUAGUUAGAAAUCAACAACGUGGUGCGCAUAGUUAUAGGAACGCAUUUGAUGUUCCACGGAAAUCUUUGUUAGAUCAAGUUGUUAGAAUGCGUGCCAAUUUUCUACAACCUGGAUUGUUGCAUACAAAAUUACUUGAUGAUGAUUAUGUUCAUUCAAUGCCCUUAGCACAAAUGGGAAAUUAUCAAGAAUAUUUAAAACGUAUGACGCCACCAUUGAGAGAAAUAGAAAGUGCUCCAGUUAGACAACAUAUGUUCGGUAAUCCAUUCAAGAUAGAUAAAAGAAUGAUGGUCGAUGAAGCGGAUAUUGAUAUGGUUGGUGCAACAUCUUCAACUUCUAAAGGUCUUAAACGUACUUUGCCUGCGUCGGAUGGAGGAGGGUCGCUUGCUUCGAAACCACCACCAAAUAAACGAAAACCAGGUCCAAUUCCUAAAGAUGUAGUCGUACGAAGGCCGUCGUAUACACCUACGAAUACUCCACCGAGUUCGCCGGUACCAUGGGUUGAUGAUACGAAAAAUCAAGUGACUCCAACUGCCGACUCGAAUCAAGUUUCAUCAAACAUAACAACACCUAGUGUAUCUAAUACGUCGUGUAUCAAUUCGCCAGAGAAAUUAGUAAAUGGCCUUGCAGAAAUGCCAACGAUACCAGUUUUUGAACCAAUUCCAGUAGAACAUACUAAUAAUCACAUGGAUGCUCCACCAACUUUAACACCGAUAGUUAAUAAUGUUGAUACACCUAAGAAUGAAGAAAGAAAAACUGAGACAAUGGAAAAUAUUAAGAAUGAGUGUAACAAUCUACCUCCUAAUGAUUGUGUUGAAAAUAGUGUGAAAGUUGAAAAUUCGGUUGAUGAACGAUUGUCUAAUCAUGUCGAAGAAAAACGUGAGUCCAAAGUAGAAAAAGACAAAACCUUGACAAAAAAAGAAUUGGAGGAUAUUAGAAAACAUAACUUGUCCGUUCGAGAACUUGUAUAUAAGGAAGUGCGAAGAAGAGGUACAAAUUACGCAACACUAUUUUCACAUUUACACCAAAUUCAAGGAACUCUAGAUAUACGACUUGCAUUUUUACGAGAUAUUGUGAAAGAAUCAUUACGAUUCAAAAGACGUAAUUUGGCAUCAUUACUAGAAGAAUAUUUGAAAACUGUACAAGAAGAUAACUGGACUGUAAAUCAUAAGGUGAAUCAUAAUGGUGCCACAAAAAUAAGUUAAAAAUUCAUUGCAUAAUCGGGGCAUUAUUUCGAUAACAAAAAGAAUUCAGUGAAUGAGAUGCAGAAAAUAUAAGAGGAAUACAAAGUAUCCCAAUAAAAGCAAGUCGUACAUCUAUAAAGCGAUAAGCGUAUUAGCGUUUAAGGAUGUAUGUUGCCAAGGCGCGUGAAGUGAUAAUAAUUGUUAAAUCUAAUGAAACAAAAUAGCAUUCUGUACGUCAACCAAGGAGAUAUAGUUUCUAUAUACUCCUUUUUUUCUUGUUCUUUAUUUAGUUAUUGUACAGUUGGUAGAAAUAUAUUUUGUUCUAUGUGAGAGUUAAAAAAAUAUGUGUUGUGACAAUAAAGUCUCUUUAUACAAUAUUAUUCAAUAUUCAAAAAUUUGUAAUUUUUACUUUUUGGAUCUAAUAUUAAAGUAAAAUUACUGUAUGCAGUUUAUAGUAUUUUAUAUUUUUUUUUUCUCUAUAAAUACAAUUUGUAUAAAUUUUAAGUCUCGAAUGCAGGCAUUUGGGAUACUCUUAAUAUUUUAAAUAAUAAUUAAAAAUUAUAAUUUAAUUUUUAAAUUUUCCUGUUUUUCGAAUAAAUUAAUAUAAAUAUAAUAUCCUGAUAAAGUACAACAUCGAUCGAAUAACAUAAUUCUACCAACUGCACAACUAAAGAUCCUUAAUAAAUUGAAAUAUAAAUGACUAAAUGUUUUCUUUGAUUGUAUUUUCUU